UGGGGGUGGGGGAGGGGGGUGGCCAGAGUGCUCUAUCCGUGCAGAGAUCAGUCGGCAUGUGGCAGCUGUUGGGCCUUUGGAACGGUUGAAGCAUUCAAAGCCCGUCUCUGUAUCAAGUCGGGCGGGAAGUUGAAGCAAUCGCUCUCUGAUAGCGAGAUGCUGUCCUGCUGCAACUUGUGGCAUGGAUGCUU